AUGGAACGAGGGCAGCAAGAGGAAAAGAAGGAGGAGGUUCAGCAGCAGCUCAUGCCCAUCCAGAAACUGAAGGCAGCCAUCCACUACAUGGUGGGCUCGAUGUCCCAGGGAGCUGCAUAUGCCAAAGGAGUAAAGUUCACCGAGCCAGCCAUCAUGACCAUUUCCAUGGUCACCUUUCGGCAGUGUGAACAUUUUGCCAACUACCUUGAGAUGUUUGCCAGACACGCCAAAAGCACAAUUGACAUGGAGGACAUGAAGCUCUUAAGCAGGAGUAGCUCAUUGGUAAAUUACAUCAUAGAGAAAAGUGCAGAGAUUUCUCAGGCUAACAAGGGACAAAAGGAUAAGAAGAAAAAGAAGGCAGAAGAAGGAAACAAAAAAAAAUCUAAUAAACAGGUAGUAACUGGGAUGGAAAUUGAUGAUUGA